ACCAGUCAGGAGGGAGAGGAGGUUGUGAUGAAGGUGGAGGCUGAUACCUUUGUGGUGACUCCUACUGAUGAGGAAAGGGACCAUGUUGAACCAGAACCUGAAAGUGACCACCAGCUGCUGUUGAACAACUUUUAUACAGCUGAGAGCCAAGAUCAGAAAGGAUACAAGCGUGAAGACUCUACUAGAGAUGCAGAGACAGAACAAAACAAUCAACAACAUGAAAACAGAAGUCAGAGUAACAUCGUCUGCAACCCUAACUUGUCAGGGGCUGCCAGUAAUGCUCACCAAAGUAAACAUGUUUUCAAAUGUAACAUUUGUGGUAAGGAUUUUAAGCACAAGUCAUCAUUGUAUAAACAUGUGAAAAGUCACACAGGUGAGAAGCCAUACAUCUGCACAACAUGUGGGAAAAGUUUCAUUAGCAUGUCAUCACGGAAAAUGCAUCAGAGAAUUCAUACAGGUGAGAAGCCGUAUAUAUGUACAACAUGUGGGAAAGCGUUUAGGCUCCAGUCAGCAUUGUAUAAUCACACAAAACUACACACAGGUGAGAAGCCGUAUAUCUGCUCAACAUGUGGGAAAAGUUUCAUAAGCAUAUCAUCAUUGAAAAUGCAUCAGAGAAUUCACACAGGUGAAAAACCGUAUAUAUGUACAACAUGUGGGAAAGCGUUUAACCUGAAGGCAACAUUGCAUAAUCACACGAAACUACACACAGGCGAAAGGCCGUAUCUUUGUACAACAUGUGGAAAAGCUUUUACAACAAGAAGCCAUUUGAAAGUCCACAUAAGAGCUACCCACACAGAUGAGAAACCAUAUACUUGCACAACAUGUGGGAAAGCGUUUAACCUCCAGUCAACAUUGCAUAAUCACACAAAACUACACACAGGUGAGAUGACGUAUCCUUGUACAACAUGUGGGAAAGCUUUUACAACAAGAAGCCAUUUGAAAGUCCACAUAAGAGCUACCCACAAAGAUGAGAAAUCAUAUAUUUGUACAACAUGUGGGAAAAGUUUCACAGGGAGUGAUACUUUGAAAGUCCACAUUAGAGGUGCCCACGGUGAUGAAAGGCCACACCUUUGCAAGAUCUGUGGGAAAAGAUUCAUUUAUCUGUCACAAUUGAAAUACCAUAUGGCAACACACACAGAUGUAAGACCGCAUGCUUGCAACAUGUGUGAGAAAAGAUACUGCUACAUGAGAUCCUUGAAAAAGCACAUGAAAAUCCAUACAGGUCAGUAGCUGUUAACUCGCAAAUCAUAGGACCUUUCACACAGUGGUGACUUUACAGUCUUACGCUGGUGAGAAACC